GUUGAUAAAGCAGAAUCCACACUACUGCAGAUUAGACACGAGCUUGACUCACGUCAGAGGAAGACCAAGCUCGAUAGCCUAAGCAAGCAGUUGUUUGAGAUAUUACCUCUUCAGAAAGGUCACACUAGUACAAUUGAAGACAGAAGUAUGCUCUCCAAAAUGCAUGACAUUUGCCAACUUUUAAAGGACAUGGUUAGCGUGAGUGAAGCCACAGACUUCUCGGCACGUUCCAGUAUUGAGUCUAAGUUCCGUGCUUUGCGAUGUCACAUUGAACAUCUCCCUAGCUCAGCACCAGAAUACAAACAAAUUUUAAAUCUUGUUAAAUCUAAUAAUGAAAG